AUGGCCAGGUGUGGAACGCUUAGAAACAUUCGAGAAGCUCGUUUGCCACAGGACAUCAAACGUCAUGUUCGCGAAAAAUUAACUCCUAAAAUUUCCUCCCUUGCCGCAGUGGAUCUUAUUGAUCAGUUACUUGUCUUAGAUCCAAGCAAACGCCUUGAUGCUGAACAAGCACUUUCACACGACUAUUUUUAUGAAGACCCUCCUGUAGGGGAUUUAAGAUCAUUUUCUAAAUCUGGAACAUCAUAUCUUGAGUUUUUGUCAUCCAGCAAUGCUCGUGGUCGAACGGUACAAGGUGCGAAUCGUGUUGGAAUGGUGCGUGGUCAAGUUGUCGGUCCAGGUCAGCAAAUAAACUACCUUAAUGGGCCUGCCAUCGUGCAUGUAAAUCGUCGUCCUCAUUUGCCUGAUGACAACUCUUAUUAUGAACGUGUUUUCUAG